AUGACUAUUCAGUCCUGUGAUUACAAAUCCAUCCUCAAGGAGGCACUAACAGCGUUUGUAUGGAACGAAAUAAGCGAUGCAGAGAAUGCGACCGAAUCCGUUGACGAGCAGUUCGGUCGAACAUUGGCUACUGCUCAAUACGGUCUGGAGGGGCCAACCACCCUUGUCGGCGUUUUCCACUUGGUUCCGAAACCUUCUACCUCUGAAAUUACUUCCGGUACACCCACGAGUACCGGUUACCAAGUGGAGGAUCUUCACAGCCGGACUGAUCCACCGGUGAGUAUAGAGCUGGGAUUGCAUGACAGUGAUAGGGGCGUUAGUAGGGGCCUCGGACAGCACAAGCGUCAUAGGCACCCGAUCGCACUGAAUGAGGAGAGAUUGAAACUUCUCCCACGUAGGAGAGGCGAAUGGAGUGAGUUUGAGUCGGCAAAACUUGUACAGUUAGCCGAUGAAUUGGCCAGCUCAAUCCCUAAGAAAGCGGAGUUGUAUGCUGCACUAGCAGCGAAAUUCGCUGGUAGGUCAGCAGAAGCAGUAAAGAAGCGUCUAAUAAAGAUGCAAUGGUAUGGCAUAUCUAAGUAUAGAGCUAAGGUGGAGCAGCGACCUGAACUGCUUCCGAAGACUCCGGGGUGUGAAAGCACUACGGAUGAUGAGGGAGUGGCCGAUGGCCGCUUUGUAGAGAACGUGGACUAUGUUAACUGGAGAAGAUCAAUGUUGGAAUGCAUUGCGGAUGGCGUGCGGCUAGCCAAGAAGCAACCGGACUCUGGUGAGUUGAAUGUAGAUCAGACGAGAGUGCGCCUGACCAGUGUGGUUGAACAGAUGUUUCCUGUAGUCUGGACUCCCCACAGGGGAGUAAUGCGAAAGGGUAUUCCCAAGUCGAAGAAGGCGCAACGGAAAGUGACUUAUGCCCGAUUGCAGAGUUUAUAUAAAAGGAAGAAGAAGGAAGCGGCGAAGUGUGUUCUUGAUGGACAGUGGAAGGAACUCUGGAAAUGUGUCGAGGCCAAGCCCGAAGGUAUGAUGGACUAUUGGAAAGGGGUCUUGGGAGCGGAAGCUCAUCUCGACGCACGACCGGCGCCAACCACUGCCCAGGAAUGGAGCAUACUAAGCCCAAUAACUAGUGCCGAGGUCACGGGAGCAUUGAGAGAAUCAGUGGGGUCUUCACCAGGGAUGGAUAAAAAGGAUGCCCGGGAACUGCUAACGUGGAACCCGAGUGUUCUGGCACAGUUGCUGAACUUAUGUUUAGUGACCGAGCUUCCACCCAAAACCCUUUCUAGGGCGAGGAUCUCAUUGAUCCCUAAAACAGUGUCCCCUGCGUCCCCGGGGGACUACCGACCUAUAGCUAUCUCUUCGGUGGUCCUUAGGUUGUUGCAUAAGUUGCUGUUCCGACGGUGGCGAAAGGUGGUUAAACUAGAAGGCAUCCAAUUUGCUUUUCAAGAGCGCGACGGUUGUCUGGAAGCCUCGAGUUUGCUAAACGCCAUCCUGCACUCGGUGCAUGAGACGGUUAGGCCGAUAGCGGUAGCUUUUUUGGAUAUAUCGAAGGCGUUUGAUAGAGUCUCCCACGAUACGAUCUUACGAGUGGCCCAGGCACAUGGAGCCCCGAUGCCCCUUGUGCAUUAUCUUAGACGCCUAUACUCGGAUGGGAUUGUGAACCUGAACGGUGAGGACAUAAGGUCCAAGCGUGGAGUGCGGCAGGGUGACCCCUUGUCUCCCCUGCUGUUUAUGAUGGUAAUGGAGGAAGUGGUGAAGCAAUGCCGUCCAGAGCUUGGGUAUGAUCUAGAGGGCACAAGAGUUGGGGCACUAGCGUAUGCCGAUGAUCUCGUGUUGUUGGCUCCAUCUCGAUUAGAGCUGGAGGAAAAACUGGAUAGAUUAGCCUCAGCCUUAACAGCUGCAGGCAUGGAAUUGAAUGGCGCUAAAAGCGCAGUUAUGAUAGUAGAGAGGUCAGGCAAACAUAAAACGCUAGCUAUUGUGCCUGGGUCACUCCAGGUCGGAUCGGAGGUAGUGAAGUGUCUUGGACCAACGGACACAGUGAAAUAUCUGGGUCUUAGGUUCAACUGGAAAGGAAGAUUGAAGACGAACGCUAGGAUGAUAUUUCAAGAAAUGCUGGCUAAUAUAUCCAAGGCUCCGCUGAAGCCUUACCAGAGGUGGUGCAAGCCACCAGAGACCUCUUUGCAUACGCGAAAGAUUUCCCAAGGACUCUGGUUUGGUCUUGUCCCAGAUCUGCUGCAUAUGUUCCGUAUUGAUUUGAGUUGUGACUUAUUGUAUCCUAUUGUACUAUAUUUAUGCGUGUUUCGUGUAUCCAUUGGCAAAAAAGCAGAAUCGACAGUGGAUAUUCCGAAGUGUUAA